CGCGCGUGCGUGCGUGUGUUGUGCCAGGGACAGCGAGACUCGGGCCGGGCGGUCCCCGGCUGCCUCUUUCCCUUAGCCCAGGCGGCUGCAGUCCGCACCCUUGUUUGCUCGCCGCCCACUCGGUGUGCGGAGUGCGUCGUCUUUUUGAUUUUGGAACUUGUGAGCUGUUUUUUGUUUUUUUUUUUCCUUCCUUUUGGCUUGGUGCCUCCAGGGCUGGUCUCCCCGGCUCUUGCCUAACCUCUUCUGACCCCGGUCACCAGCCCCGCUCCAGGUUGCUCCCCCUCCCCCGGCUCUGCCCCUUGGCCCCGGAGGGUGGGAAGCUUUGCCCCGCGUAGCCGCACCUGCCUCAGUAUGCUUGGGGUCAACGACCCUCCGCUUUUUAUAAAAGACAUUAAGGCCGGACUGAAAAACUUAAAUGUCGUCUUUAUUGUUCUGGAGAUAGGACGCGUGACCAAAACCAAAGACGGCCAUGAAGUGAGAUCCUGCAAAGUAGCUGAUAGAACGGGCAGCAUCACUAUUUCUGUGUGGGAUGAGAUCGGAGGGCUCAUACAGACCGGGGAUAUUAUUCGGUUGACCAGAGGGUAUGCAUCAAUGUGGAAAGGAUGCCUGACUCUUUAUACUGGAAGGGGCGGUGAACUUCAAAAGAUUGGAGAAUUUUGUAUGGUGUAUUCAGAAGUGCCGAAUUUCAGUGAGCCAAACCCAGAUUACAGAGGGCAGCAGAACAAAACGGUGCAGAAUGAGAAGGAUAAAGCGAGUGUCAGUGCGUUUGGACCACUGGGAAAUGGUAUCCAGACUGGCCCUGAAUCAAGAGUAUAUCAUCUUCCAUAUACUGGUAGAAGCAAUGGCCGGGACCCCAUCAAUCCCCAGCUACCAGGAGCUCGUAGUAGUCAGACAGUCAUGACCACAAUCAGUAAUGCCAGGGAUCCAAGGAGAGCCUUUAAAAGAUGACCUGAACCAAAGAGACACAUGUAGUUGCUAAACUACCUGCCCUACUUGAACACUUAGUGCACUUUUUCAUUGCUAACUGUGAAAAGUUUGUCUCUUACGGGUUUCCUUGUAUAUUUUUGGUUUGUUAAGAAUGGUUGGUUUUUUUUACUGCAAGCAUUAAGCUGCUCGGUUACAUCCUUCCUAUUGAAGAAUAGGAACUCUGAAAGCAGGAACAUUUAUUUUUAGAGCCAGAACUUACUGGGUAUCACUUGAAAACCUGUCCCUGUUUCAAGGGUGAGUUACUUAAGACACCAGCCUUAUAUAGCCGUGGUGAGUCUUCUGCCAUAGCAUUUCAUGGAAAAUGUUCUUUUGUCUUAAACUGGGCUAUGUCCAGCUGAAGUGAUGUCCACCCCAGCCAGAAGCCUGACCAGUGCUGGCAGCAGUUUGAGUGCUUGUGACCCAGCCGUGACUGACUGCCUGGAGUGACUGGCCUGCCGUUAAGAUUUGUCCAAGGACGGAAUCAUCCUACAUUCUUGGUUAAUUACCAGAGACCCAGAUUCUUUAUCGGAAUUAUGGAAUAAAACGUGUAAUAUAUAACAAGUUAUCUUUAGAGGAAAACUGUUGAAGAUAAUGUUCUUACCAUUUGUUACAAACAUUGAAGAAAAGUUUACA